UUUUUUUUUUUUUGCCGUUCUGGUAAUCUGAAGCGGGAGGGGAGGGAUGAGGGGAAAGGCGGAAUUGGAGUUCACCGAACUGGGUUCCGCUGUCGCUGGCCUACGGGGAAAGAAAGGGCCUGGGCUUCAGAUGGCCUGCUAUACGCAAGUGGGCAGAGACUUGACGAGGCCGAGAGGGAGGAGGCCGCUCCACCCCCUUUCCUUAUGGGUCGGGUGGCCCUUUGCUUUUUCUACGUAGCGUCCUCGUUUGGAAAAAGCCAAAUGAAGUGAAGUAGCGACAGGGAUCUGCCAAAUGGAGAGAAGCUUCUCAUUCUCCGUUUGGAAGGACAGCGCUCAGUCACUCACACCCCAGCGAGCAAAUAAAGAGCCUAUAGCUUUUGAUAUAGAGUGACUUUAAACAGGAAUUAUGGCAGCUUUGGAUAAAAUAAAAGCAAAAAAGACUCUGGGAACUGUUGAUUAUGUAGAAUCAUCUGAAUUUGCACAAGGAAUUCUGCCUACUAAGAAGGAUGUCAUUCAAAACAUGUUGUAUUUGUUGCAUCCAAAAAGGGCUGGACAAGCACAACGAUCCAAAGAAGAUGCUGCCCAAUUGCUUGCUGAACUUUUGCAGGAACACUGGUUGUUUUGCAAUCUAUAUACCAUAGCAACACAGAGCAUAAAAAAGCAUAUUCUGAAAGUAUAUGAAGAAUUCUCAAAGUUAUACCAAUCCAGAAAGCGAAGAAAAAAUGAACUGUUUAUUCAGAAAGCAGAUGACUUCAAUAGGAGUUCAGAACAGCUUUUUGAUAUAUUUUGUACAGACACUGUUACACGAGAGAAAUUGGAGCAGUGCAGUGGUGUUAAGAUGACAGAUACUGAAUGGAAAUUCCUUGAAGAUCAGAGGAAUGAGAGAAAAAUGUACUUUGAGGACUUUGUGGACAAAAAACAAAUGGAAACAAUAGAAAGACGGAGAAAGGUUGAGUCAUUAGAGCAUUUUAGGAAAAUUGCAGAGGAAGAGAAAGAAGCUCGUAAGCGGAAAGAAAUUACUUCAAAUAGGGAUGAGCAGCCAGUUGAAGAUGUUAAUAAGAAUAAAGAUGACUCCUGUCUUGAAUACAACAAGGGAAUUGGAGGGUUUUCAGAUAAAGCAAAAAGAAAGCGUCUGUCGUCUUGUUGGGUAACUGGGACAGCAACUUCAACCACUUACAAUGAAUCAGUUCCUUCUGAAAAUCAGCAUCUACGUAUGAAUAUCAGAAAAGUCAGACCAGGAUUCUAUGAGACUUUUGACAAAUACAAGAACUGCUAGUUUGAUAUCUGAACUCUCUGGAGGAAUUAACUUAGAUCUUAAAAGUACCCAGAUUAUUUGGGAGUUGGUGUAGAUAAUUAUGUUGGGCUCCAUUAUUGUGCAACAGCAGCACCAAAAGGAUUGGUAAAAAAUAGUCCAUGGAAAAGGUUAAGAUAAUAGCCAUUUAGUUUUAUAGCAAUAUAUUCACAAAGAAAAAAUAUUAGUUAUGAAAAAACUAUAACAUUUGCAAAAGAAUCUGAAGCUCCAGUGUUUAUAAGCUGAAAAAAAUAAAGUAGACAUGAACAGGUUACAUUCCAUGAGAAUAAUGUAUGUAUUUCAACAAACUGCUUAGGAAGAUAAUGCUUUAUCCGUUAUGUACAGCAUUUGAAUCAGACCAGGCAUACUAAAAACAUAAUAUGGAGGUCUGAGAAAGAAAAAAAAUGAAGAAUAAAUUAAUUAAAUAAUAUGUUGUAUUCCAGCUCUGCAUCUCUGGAGAUUGGAAGACCAUAUCCAAUUUAUUAACCUAAGAAGCUAUACAUGGCUAUUGAAAGGAACAGAAUUCAUAGUCUGUGUGUAACAUUGGAAUAUCGUGGAUCACAAUAAACUGCAAACUCAAACCAUGACAACUAAAACUCUGUCCCUUAAGGAAAAAUAAUAAUUGGUCCCAGUGAUUCAGAAAGUGCUGUUAUUUUCUAGGGGAAAAAGAAAACAAAAACCUGUCUGGCUCUAAGAGAUGUAGUAUAUAUAACUUGCAGUUGAUACACUGAGAUUCAAAUGGUUUUAGGUAUUUGCACAAAAAGUAAUGGAUUGCUUAUUUGACCUAGUAGAUAAGUAGUUGCUAAGAAACCCUACACUUUGGCAAACCAGUUCUUGUAGAUAAUUUGAUAGCUUAUUGGAAGAAAACAGGAAUUUUAAACAAUGGCUUUAGAUACCAGUGUGCUGGUGACAGCUUUCAUUUUUCUGAAUUCUUGGCAAUUAUUGUUGGUAAUUAUGUAAAAAAAAAAAACUGUAGUUAAAAGUAACGGGAAGAUGUGUAAAACACAAUAUGAUAACAUAAGGUGAACUUGCCUAAAGGUUAAAAAAAAAGUCUCAGACAAUUUUGAAUGUGUAAACUGAUGUUUGCAACAACAGAAAUAUCUAGCUACUUAGUCAUACCAACUGACUUUGUAAGUUGAUUCUUUAAAGAUUUAAAACUUAAAAUAAUUUCAAAUUUUUACCUUAUAAUUCUAGAGUAGUCCCAUGGCAAGAUAGGCAGCAAAUGAAUUCAGUAAUAUUUUAAGAAUAAUUCUGCAUAAAUUAGGUAAUUUACAUUUCAAGAGCUGUGGUGGCACAGUGAUUAGAAUGCUGUAUUGCAGGCUAACGCUGCCAUCAGCCAGGAGUUCAGACCUGACCAGCUCAAGGUUGACUCAGCCUUCCAUCCUUCCGAGGUCGGUAAAAUGAGGACCCAGAUUGUUGGGGGCAAUAUGCUGAUAUUUGUAAACGGCUCAGAGAGUUCUCUUCUAGCACCAUGGAGUGAUACAUGUCUAAGUGCUAUUGCUAUUGCUAUUACAUAUUUUUGUUUCACAUCUAAAAGCUUUUUUCUGUAUUUUUAGCAUUAUAUUUUCCAUGUAUUCCCCUAUAACAACGUAACUACUAAAAUAAACAGUACACACAGUACAAGUGAAUAUAUGACUAAGCGAGUCCAAACUGGUUUUAAUUAUGUAAUUGUUUUGUAAGGAAAAUAUCAAUUUGAAUGCUAAACUAGCAACAAAAAAAUAAGAAAAGCAGUGUUGGAAUUAAGCAUAUUGGUUAACUCUGUGCCUCUGGGAAGCCUCCAAAUAAGGUGCUGUAUGUUGAUAAUAACUCCUAUUACAAUUGUUCUUUAGAUACUGGAAUUCAGAGGCAUAAACAUAUCCUGAAAAAUGGCAAUGGCAAACCUGCCUAGAAAACUAUAUAGUCCUUAGGAAUGAAGCUUUACUCUAAAUUCUGGUAUUUAGAGCCAUAUAACUUCUAAUUAUUCGUAUUCUGAUACUUCCAAGAAUGUUUUGAAUCCUCCUUUAAAAUCAUCUAAAAAGUUACUUGUUUUAUAAAAAUGAAUCUAUAUGAUUAAAUUAAGUGGUGUAUAAUGUGGAAUAGCUUCUUGAAUUUCCCACCAUUCACCUUCACCUGAUAAUCUCUGAUUCUGGUUCUGACCAGUAUCUCUGACCAGAUUCUGGUUCAGACUAGAGUCAGAUAAUCUUUGACUCUGAUUCUUAUGGAGAAGAAAACAGAAAAUUAGAUUUAGUUAAGAAGCUUAGUACAGUAAAUGGGGGAAAUGACUCAUGGGCCUUAUUUUUUCUUUGAAAGUCCUGAAGAUUAAGGAAUAUACAAACUAAAUCACUUGCUAUGUUUUAUAUAGGAUGUAGUAAAUUUUUUUUAGAAUAAUGGAAAUUCUGAGAAUGAAAUCUUGAGAAUGGGAAAUGUAUAGCUCCUAGGUUAAUUCCUUUAUAUCUACCUUUUACAGCUAAAGGAAGAUGAUCAAGUAUGUUAACUUUGUCUGUAUUAAGCUUACUUGAGCGGUACCGUGAUCAGCUACAGAAUAAUCAAUUGCAUGACUAAGACAGUUUUCAUUGAAAUGUAAGAAGGCUCUCAAUUAACAGUUUUAAUUGUUUUAUAAACUGAGUGAAGUUUUUUUUCUGGCCAAGAAUAAAAUUGCUUAAAAGCAGCGUUCUGAUUGUCUGCUAUGCUUUUCAUCAAUAUAUUAAAGCUUUGUGGCCUUUAUGAAUAUUAACAGGACCAGCAUCUCCCUGAUCUAACUUUAAUUGGAAGAUGCAUCUGUUCCAUUUGUCAAUUUUUUGAAGCUGAAACACGAGAUUGAACACAAUUUUAUUCUUUCUCAAACCUUUGCAGUUUUUCCUUUUAUUGUUUUGAUUUCUAACUAGCAAAUCUGUUUCUAAUACUGAUUCUGUCAUGUGAAUAAACAUCUCUGACUGCUGCUGUUUCCUGUUUUAGGUCUGAUAUUAUAGAAAGCAUUCAUCAUGCAUCCUGGAAGAAGAAAAUAAAUGCUUAUGAUACAA